CUUAAUCUUUGCUACGCCCCUCCCUCACGGCCCCGGCCUCAGUCACUCAUUCAACUUUCGGUUGUAUUUCUGUUUUAUUUCUGACCUUAAUAACACGAACACCCCAAUUUAAUAAUAUUAACCUCAACAGCAACAACUAUGCAGGGACUCCAGGCAGGACUCCCUUUCGCGGCCCUGGCUGCCGUAGCCCGAGCCACCUCGGUCAUCGGGGGAUCGCAGGGCGAAGACCGUGGUAGUGACGUCGCGCUCCCGGUCGACAACAAGUUCCGGAGUGAGGUGAACGAUUACCAUUCCGAUGACCACUCCCUGGAUUUGGAUGCGAAGGAGACCGUGGUAGAGGCUGGACAUGUCCGCCGCCCACAGCACCACAAGGCGAGAGGGCAGGUUCUUGAAUCCGACGACGGCGUUUCGGACGGAUCCUCUUACAUGAUACCGCAGGUCCACGUGGAGUCUAAGAACGAGAACUCUUACCACGAGGAUAACCACUCCGUCGCGCUGGAGGAGGAUCUGGUUCAGGUGGUGCCGCCCCACGGUCGUGGACACUCCCACCAUGCCCGCGGCGAGCACGAAGAGGUCGACGUGAUUGGAGGACCGGAGGGUGUGGACACGGGCAACACCUUCGCCAUGCCCAUUACCAAUAAGUUCUCGUCCACUGUCAACGAUGCGUAUCUUGACGACCAUUCGCGGGAUUUCGACAUCGAUACCACGAUCGUCAAACCCAAGUCGCACCCCCCGAACCACUUCAAAGCGCGUGGCCAGCGCGAAGACGUGGACGUCAUUGGCGGACCGGAAGGAGUUGACAGGGGUAACGAUGUUGGCAUUCCGAUUACUAACAAGUUUUCGUCCACUGUCAAUGAGGCCUAUGUUGAUGAUCACUCUCGCGACAUCGAUGUAGACACGACCAUCGUGAACCCUGUCCACCACGGACCUGCUCACUUGAAGGCACGUGGUGAUUACGAGAAUGUGGACGUCAUUGGCGGUCCCGAAGGAGUUGACAGGGGUAACGAUGUUAGCAUUCCGAUUACCAACAAGUUCUCCUCCACAGUCAAUGAUUAUUACCAAGAUGACCACUCCCGCGACAUUGACAGGGAUACGACGAUUGUUUACCCUCACCACCACAAAGUUCGGGAAGAGCAUGAACACGUGGAUGUUAUCGGCGGCCCCGGUGGGGUCGAUACUGGGAACACUUUUGACAUGCCAAUCACGAACAAGUUUUCUUCGGUCGUGAACGAUGCAUAUGUCGAUGACCAUUCGCUUGACUUCAGCAAGGACACGGCCAUUGUCUAUCCGCACCACCACAAGCGCGAACAUGUGGAUGUGAUCGGUGGCCCUGGCGGCGUAGAUACUGGUAACACCUUCGACAUGCCAAUCACGAACACGUUUUCAUCCGAGGUCAACGACUACUAUCAAGAUGAUCACUCGCGCGAUCUGGACUUUGAUAAGACCGUUGUCCACCCUCACCACCGCAGAGCUCCGGACGAGCAUGAGCAUGUUGAUGUGAUUGGGGGCCCGGCAGGUGUUGAUACUGGCAAUACAUUUGCCAUGCCGAUCAUAAACAAAUUCUCGUCGGAAGUAAAUGACUACUCUGAAGACGACCACUCUCGAGACUUGGAUAUCGACACAACUGUUGUACACCCUCACCACAAGCGGGAACAUGUCGAUGUGAUUGGUGGCCCUGGCGGUAUCGACACUGGGAACACCUUCGACAUGCCAAUCACGAACAAGUUUUCAUCGGAGGUCAACGACUAUUACCAGGACGAUCACUCUUGGGAUGUUGAUGUCGACACGAAAAUCGUCCGUGCUCAUCACAAACGUCAGCAUGGCGCACACGUGGACGUUAUUGGCGGACCAGAGGGUGUGGACACUGGGAACACUUUCGAUAUGCCGAUCACUAGCGAGUUUUCGUCGGAGGUCAACGAUUAUUACCAGGAUGACCA